AUGACACAACCAAUACCCUCCAUAUCACCACGGAGACAACUCCUCAACCAUGUCGUUGACAGACGUGCAAGGGAGAGCCCUAAGAUGAUCUAUGCUGAAUAUCCCAUCUCCUCUACUGGAUAUGACCAAGGAUUUCUGAAGAUCACGUACGCAGAUUUAGCUAAUGCCAUUAACGGUCUUGCCUGGUGGCUGCACAAUACCAUAGGGCCGGGCAACGAUUUCGAGACUCUGGCAUACAUUGGACCACUUGACGUCAGGUAUAAUGCACUACUUCUAGGUGCAGUGAAAGCAGGGUACAAGGUCCUGCUAACCUCACCCCGGAACAGCCUGCCAGCUCACAUCAAUUUAUUCAAUCUCCUUAAAUGUCGCAAAUUGGUCACACCCAACCCAAGACCGCAGGCAGUGACAACGAUAGUCGCUUCUCAUGAAAUUGAACUUCUCGAAAUUCCAACCGUAGAUGAACUUCUAAGCAAAGUCUAUCUCUCAUACCCAUACGCAAAAUCCUUUGAGCAGGCCCAUACGGAUCCUCUCGUGGUCUUGCACACCUCUGGGACCACAGGCCUACCUAAACCGAUAAUCUGGACGCAUGAUUUUGCUGAUAGCUGGCUGUACUGGGUCAGCCUGGAUGGCCCCAGUGGGUAUAACAACCAGCACGCUAUGUGGUCGCCAGGCCGACUGUUUUUCUUGUUUCCUCCCUUCCAUGCCGCUUCCAUGUUCGGUUCAAUUCUCGGAGCAAUAUACCGACAGACAACCGUCAUUUUUCCACCUGCAGGACUAAUCCCCUCUGCACAAGUUCUUGCGGAUGGACUUAAACAUACUACUGCAGACUGUGCUGCCAUCGUGCCAUUGGUAGCAGAAGAAAUGUCCAACAAACCAGAGCUCCUAGACUUUAUUUCCCAAAAUCUCGCAUCAAUAUUUUAUUCUGGAGGCACAAUCAGCCAGGCGAUGGGCGAUAGAAUCUCAGAGAGAAUGAAAUUUUUCUCUAUAAUUGGAACAACAGAGACUGGUUUAUUUCCCACCAUAUAUCCGGCCGAUCACUGGCCGACUGCGGAGUGGAGAUAUUUCCAGUUCAAUCCAGGAUACCAGUUUGAAUUUCAACAAGCCUCAGAAGGAGAAUAUGAAGCAGUUAUCGUCCGCCAUCCUGAGGCUGACAAGGAACAACCUGUUUUCAAAGUUUUUCCCAACAUCAAAGAGUAUCGGACUGGUGAUUUGUAUGUGGCGCAUCCCUCUAAGAGAAAUCUCUGGCAUUAUCGUGGGAGGGGAGAUGAUAUCAUCGUCUUCCUUACUGGCGAAAAGACAAAUCCAACCACUAUGGAGCAAACCAUCUCAACGCAUCCGAAGGUCAAAUCAGUGCUUGUGCUUGGUUCGAUGAAAUUCCAGGCUGCCCUCCUAGUUGAAAUGGAGGAGGCCACCAUCCUUACGACGCCACAACGAGCGCAAAUCAUCGAGGAACUAUGGCCCACAAUUCAAACAGCAAACGCAGAUUGCCCACGUCAUGCUCAGAUCAAGAAAUCACACAUCAUGUUCGUCAAUCCGGCGAAGCCCAUACUUCGUUCGGCGAAAGGCACAAUUCAGAGACGACCCACUCUGCAGUCGUACGAGAAAGAGAUCGAUGAACUAUACACGGAUGCUGAGAAACUAGCCGUCCUGGAUGUGGAAGACCUCGACAUAUCUGGACGGUCAAUUGACUGUAAGGAUUUCAAGGCCGUCGCCUCCUUCCUAUCGGAGACCGUCAGCAGGUUCAUGGAGUCGAGAGCGUUUGCAGAGGACGAGAACUUCUUCCUCACAGGGAUGGAUUCCCUACAGGCACUCCAGAUGACACGUCGCUUGAAGGCUGUUCUUGCGCUACCAGAUCUGGGGAUUAGCACAGUCUACGCACACCCAACAAUCAAAUUACUCACGAAUGCAAUAGUAGACCUAGCCGGCCAAGACCAUGCGUCAGAUACAUCGAAACAGCUCUCCAGGGCCGAGAUGGUCGAAAAGACAAUACGAGAAUACACCUCCCUAGUCGACGAGAUCGCACAAUCUGCUGGGUCGAUAGACGCACUCACCAAACGCGACUCCGGCGUGGAGCUCAAUGGCGGUAGGGUAGUCCUCCUCACCGGCUCGACCGGUGCAAUCGGCUGCUACCUACUGCAAGUAUUGCUCUCAGAUCCUUCCGUACUGCACAUCUACUGCCUGAAUCGAUCCGAGGACUCGGAGGGCCUCCAGCAGAAACGCUCACAAGCACGCGGCCUCCCGACUAACUUCCCGACUGCACGCGUCACAUUCUUACAGACCAAACUGGACAAACCGCAGCUAGGACUCGACAGCGCGAUCUACGGACGCCUGAAACAAACCACCACCACCAUUAUCCAUAACGCGUGGCCAGUGAACUUCAAUCUGACGCUCCCGACCUUCGCGCCGCACCUCCAGGGCGUCGUGAACCUCCUUAAACUCUCCUCCUCCACCACCCGCCGCACACGCAUCACAUUCAUCUCCUCCGUGAGUUCGGUCAUGGGGUCCACCGAAAACCCGAUCCCGGAAAGAAUCCUCACCGACACUUCCGCCCCACUGCCCAUGGGCUACGGCCAAAGCAAGUACAUCGCGGAGAGGAUCCUCGGGCACGCCGCGGCAGACAACAAGCUGCACAACACGGACGUGACAAUCGUGCGGGUUGGGCAAGUCGCAGGGCCCGCCCACAUGCCUGGGAGCUGGAACAAGUGGGAGUGGUUCCCGAGCCUCGUGCGCAGCAGUCUUCAUCUGAAAAUGAUCCCCAGGUCCCUGGGCAAGGGGAGGAACAACCAAAUCGACUGGGUGCCCAUCGAUGUCCUCGCGAACACGCUCGCAGAAUAUGCGCUUGUUGGAGGAGGUCCCGAGACCGCAGCUGAAGGACGAGAGUCAGGCGCGAGAGUCCUCCACCCUCAAAACGCACGUGCCACCACGUGGGACGACUUACGUCCUCAGGUCAUUUCCGCGCUGGAGACGGCCGCCGCAAAGCCCAUUGGAAACCCGCGGACGACCAUCAGGGAAGUGCCGCUUAGCACGUGGAUCGAGCACGUGCAGAAGGACGUGAGCGAGUUGAACACCGCCGCGAAGCUCGAGGCCAUGCUGCAGGUGAAUCCUGCGGUGAAGUUGCUGGACUUCUACCAUGGCUUGCUUGUUGGAGACGAGAUGUCUGCCUUGGAUGGACAGAAGGCUCUGCAGGCGAGUAAGCAUCUGAGAGUUCUCGAUGGGAUUCAUGCGGAUUGGGUGACCAAGUGGGUUGGCGGUUGGGUGGACGGCUACGCCUUGGUCAUUUGA